GCCGGCUUCCCCCCGCUCUCUCUCUCCCCCAGUGUUUGCGCAAAACGUAAACGUAAAGGAUCUCAAUGUCGGUUCGAUAACUUCCAACAGGGUGCACUCUGGCACCCAUAUUCCUCUAUCUAAAACCCUAACCGCAUUUUCUCUCUCUAACUCCGCAAUGCCAAUGCGAGGGCUCUGCUUUCUCCUCGUUCUCUCCUUGUGUUUUUUCGUCCUCUUCUCUUCUGCUGAUCCGAUAUCUGGAGAUUCAGAAAAUGCCGUCGUUGUUAAUGCAGCUGAAUUUAAUUCCUCUUCCCUUGCUAGAUCUGAGGAAGGUAGUUUUGCGAACAUGAUUGAUCGAGCUUUGGAAAAGGAGUUCAAUGAGACUGAAGAGCAGCCCGGUGCAAUUGAUCACGGGAGCUUCAACAAUAGUGUCGCAGAGCAAGAGGCAGUUCUGGAAACCGUUGCUAGGGUUGGUAGGGUCAAGUUCAAGAAGAACGAGACAAAUGAGGAAAAGUCAUUCCAGUUGCACACUGUUUUCAACCUGGAUAAUGACAAUGGAGCAGAAGAUACACCUACUUUGAUAGAUCGAAAGGAUAAUGUCUUUAUCAUGUCUAAUCCGAAGUCAAAGUUUCCAGUGCUGCAGCUAGAUUUAAGAUUGAUAUCUGAUCUAGUUGUUGUCAUUGUUUCUGCAACUUGUGGUGGCAUUGCCUCCGCUUGCGCUGGACAACCGGUUAUCACUGGAUAUUUGCUGGCAGGCUCAAUUAUUGGACCUGGUGGUCUUAACAUUAUCAGUGAAAUGGUGCAGGUUGAAACAGUUGCUCAAUUUGGUGUUAUCUUUCUUCUCUUCGCACUGGGCUUAGAGUUUUCCACAGCAAAGCUUCGGAUCGUUCGAGCUGUUGCAGUAUUAGGAGGGUCUCUCCAGAUAAUUCUUUUCAUGUGUUUGUGUGGAAUAACAGCCUCGUUAUGCGGUGGGAAAGCAUCUGAGGGUGUUUUUGUUGGUGUCUUCUUAUCAAUGUCUUCGACAGCAGUGGUAUUGAAAUUUUUGAUGGAAAGAAAUAGUGUUAACACCCUCUAUGGGCAAGUAACGGUUGGAAUCCUUAUUCUGCAGGAUUGUACAGUAGGUUUGCUAUUUACACUGCUUCCUAUUCUUGGUGGUACUUCUGGUGUUUUUCAAGGAAUGGCUUCCAUGGCAAAAUUAUUGGUGGUUUUGUUGAUGUUCUUGACCAUUUUGUCGAUGUUAUGCCGCACUUGCGUACCUUGGUUUCUUAGACUGAUGAUAGGCCUAUCAUCACAGACUAAUGAACUGUACCAACUUGCAUCUGUGGCUUUCUGCUUGCUUGUUGCUGGGUGUAGUGAUAAGCUGGGUUUAAGUCUCGAACUGGGUUCUUUUGUUGCUGGAGUGAUGAUAUCAACUACUGAUGUGGCUCAGCAUACUCUUGAACAGGUUGAACCGAUCCGGAACUUCCUUGCUGCUCUUUUCCUAUCCAGCAUUGGAAUGCUUAUCCAUGUUCAUUUUCUCUGGAAUCAUAUCGAUAUUCUACUGGCAGCUGUUAUAUUGGUUGUUAUCAUAAAAACUAUUGUGGUUGCUGCAGUGGUCAAGGGUUUUGGUUAUACCAACAAAGCUGCACUUCUUGUUGGUAUGUCUCUGGCUCAAAUAGGGGAGUUUGCAUUUGUUCUUCUCAGUCGCGCUUCAAAUGUUCAUCUCAUUGAGGGUAAAGUGUAUAUGCUGCUUCUGGGAACAACUGCACUUAGCCUGGUUACAACACCGUUACUUUUCAAGCUAAUUCCUGCUGUAGUUCACCUUGGAGUUCUACUGCGAUGGUUUUCCCUUGAUAUACCAAAUGAGAUUGGAUCUAAAGGAGAUACCAUGCGCACAGACAGUUCUAAGCGUAUUACUGUGCUGAUACAAGGCCCUCAUGAUUCAUGAUAAUAAAUAGAAACAUGAACAAUAAAGCGAUUCUCACACUUUACCUGAUGGCAUUCUUAUGCUGGGCGACAGGUGCCCAAGUGUGCAAAGGCUGUUGAUUGAUUGGAUGAUUGAUCAUCAUGACGCUCGUUUUAUGCACCCACAUCGGAUGGUUUUCUUUGAUAUGUCAGAAACUCGUCGCCAUAUGCAGAGCAGUGUAUACAAACAUUUUUCUGGCAUUUGUUUCCGGGACGGUGUUAACGGACUACUCUGUACAACCUCGUCCAUUUGUAAUGCAAUUUUUUGUUUUCUUUAAUCGUAAGUUUGAAUUUGUGGAAUUGGUGGUUUCAAGUUGGCAAGUGUAAAUAGCUGAUAGUACAUACUGUUAGAGUGUUUAGCGUAUAAAGUCUUACUUUACUGUAUACAGUUGAGCUAUGACCUCCAAUUGUUUCACUAAAAUCAUUGAUUUUCUGCAAUUUUUUUGUGCA